AUGUCCCCAGGGCUGGAGUUGCUGGUGGCCACCACUCGUCCCGAGACCAUUUUUGGUGACGUGGCCGUGGCCGUGCACCUGCGGGACCCGCGCUACGUGGUGAGGGGCGGGGCCUCGAUGGGCGGGGCCUCGAUGGGCGGGGCCUCGAUGGGGGCGGGUCCAGGGCUGACCACGCCCCCUCAGCACCUGCAGGGCCGGCAGGUGAGGCACCCGUUCAGCGGGGCCCUGCUGCCCGUGGUGAGCGACCCCAGCGUGGAGCCCCAGCGCGGAACCGGUGCAGUGAAGGUGACCCCCGGGCACAGCCCCCAGGACCUGGCUCUGGCCCGGGCCCAUCGGCUGCCCCUGCCCUGCGUCAUCGGGGACGAUGGCACCUUGUGUCCCCCGGGGGGGGGCUGGCUGCAGGGUGUCCCCAGGUUCGAGGCCCGUUCCCGUGUGGUGGCAGCGCUGGCCCAGCUGGGGCUGUUCCGGGGGGUCCAGGACCACGCCAUGACCCUGCCCCUCUGCAGCCGCUCCGGGGACGUCGUUGAGUUCCUGCUGAAGCGCCAGUGGUUCCUGAGCUGUAGAGACAUGGCCCAGAGAGCCCUGCAGGCGGUGACGUUGGGGAGGCUCCGCCUGGUGCCCAGAUUCCACGAGAAGAACUGGAAAACCUGGAUGGAGAACGUGGGGUGA